UUACCUGCAGCGAAACAACACAGAUUGAACUACUGCCUUCUAGUAGCUUUAACAGAAGCAUCAACUUGGUAUAAAUCUGCUAACAGUCAUCCCAUAUCAAUGGAGAGACACUUGUUGCCUGCAUGAAACUAGGAGGGAUCUGUGGGAGACACAUAGGGGAGAGCUGCUGACUCAGGACUCUCUCUCUCCUCCGGAGGACUGAAGCAGCUGCAGGACCGUGAACGAGGCACAGAUAUGCUGGGUGUCCUCGUCCUUCUGUCCCUCGCCUCCCUCGGGGCCCUGGUGCCCCCCCCAGGUUCUCCUCGUGUCCCCUGCAGACGCUGCUGUGAUCACCUGGAGCCACCAGAGGGCAGCGGAGACCCUCCUCCGCCAGAAACACAGCUCAGACACAAGCCUGAGAUCCACACCUACAUCAACAUGACCAUCCUCAAAGGUGACAAAGGAGAACGUGGCGACCGAGGAACUCCAGGUAAAAGUGGACAAGAAGGCCCUCCAGGCUCCAGAGGUACAAUGGGCUUGAAAGGCACUAAGGGCCCGGCGGGGGUCCCAGGAGACGCCUGCAAAGUCCAGCACUCUGCCUUCUCCGUGGGCCGCCGCAAAUCCCUCCACAGCCUGGAGUCCUACCAGGCGCUCGUCUUCGACACGGUCUUCGUCAACCAGGACGACCACUUCAACAUGUUUGACGGGAAAUUCCUUUGCCGCGUCCCGGGGAUCUACUUCUUCAACCUAAACAUCCACACGUGGAACUUCAAAGAGACGUACCUGCACAUCAUGCACAACGACACGGAGAAGGUGAUCGUUAACGCCCAGCCCAGCGACCGCUCCAUCAUGCAGAGUCAGAGCCUGAUGUUGGAGCUGAAGCUGAAGGACGAGGUGUGGGUGCGCCUCUACAAGAGGGAGAGGGAGAACGCCAUUUACAGCGAUGAUGUAGACGUCUAUAUCACUUUUAAUGGAUACCUCAUCAAAGGAACCACAGAGGGGAACUAAAAAAGAGAGGUAAUGCAGAAAGGCCGAGCAUGAGACUGUUGAGCUCAGGUGGAUGGAAAGCAACAAAUUGGAAGUUUCACAGACUCACUGAAAAAUUGUUUCUUCUUAGGUUUAUAUUGAGAUUAAAAUAGAAGUUCACAUCACUAAAAAACUGUGAACGUUGUCUUUAAUUAAAUGUAUUAUGUCACCAGAUUACACAUAACUGUAUUAGGUUAGUUGAAAGCAAUAAUCUUAAAUUGAACCUAUUUACAUUUUAUUGCUUUCAACUAACCUAAUACAAUUAUGUGUAAUCUGACAUAAGACAUAAUACAUUUAAUUAUCAAUGUUUCCAUUUUUCAGUGCAGGCUUCAUCGUGGUGCUAAAAUAAAAAUGUCAAGAAAUUAACUGAAUAUGCUGUUUAAAGUAUAAAUAUGUCAGGGUUUGUGACUUCAGGGUAAUUUUUGUAUCCAAUCUUCGCUUUUUUCAGUAACUUGACAUGUGAUGCUAAAAAAACGGUCUGUGUUAAUGAAGCUACCAAUUUUAUAAUACUCUUGUGUAUUGUUAUCACACUAAUGUACAUGGUUUUAUACAUAAAACUGUAUAGUGUUCAAAUGUUAUGAGCCAAACAUGAAUGCAGUUCCCCAAUAUGACCACUAGAGGGAAGUGUACACCCCACUUACGGUAAAAACGUUGAAAAUAAAACAAGCAAAACAGA